UUUCACGAUUGCUCUUACAGCAAUUAAAUACCUAGAUAAACCUUCAAUAUCAAAUGCCAUCAGCCACUGACAAAUUAUUAUUAUAAAAGCAUCUUUUUAUUUAACAUUUUUAAUUAAUCAAUAGCUUGGACCAAUUUGAUUUAUACCAUAGCUUGAUUAAGAUAUAUGUACCAUAUGUUCCAUCAGUGCUCGGACAGUCACAUUCAGAGAUAGGCACCAUAUUUGUACAUCCUAUUUGCACAUCCUAAAAGCACCAUUAAGCAAUAGCAACUCUAUAUUUUCACACACAUAUGCAUCCAAAAUGUCAACCUCAGUUAUUACUUACAAGUACCUCUUCGGUUGGGAACAAUUUCUCCCAUGCAAAAUGUGAAAAGCCUGGCUGACUAAUCUUUAUAAAGUACUGAGGUUUUUGAUAUGUAAAGCUUAUUAGGUUUGAUUUUAAAAGAAAUUCUCGAAACACUAUACAUCAAUAAAAUUUCUCGAGUUUUCAAGUAACAUUUUGAUAGAGGUGAUGAUGAAGGAAGUCUACGAAAGAACUUGCAUUUAAAAAUUGUAAUAUAAUACAUGUGUUAUCAAAUAUAAAAGCACAAAAAACCCACAAUGACCUAGGUCUGGUUGUAAUAUUACCAUGGUAAUAUUUUACAUUAAUUAUGAUAUAGGUCUGCUUUAACUUGAUACCAGCUGCACAGGAUCACAGUGGCAGGUAAUCAAUCUGAUGUAUUAAAAUUUAAAGUUUUCGCCACUGUGCCCGAAUUGUUUUUGGAAAUCAACUCUGCUUGUUUUACUAGGUAGCUCUGGGGUCGACAGGUUUCAGAAGGCUUGGUAUAUGCCAUCAUGAGUGGUGGACUAUCCUAGUAUGAAUCAGACCUCUCUCAGUAAUUGUUUAAAUACAGGUUGUAUAUAAACACUAUACUCUGUCCCUGAAAACAUUAUUUAAUACACAGUAGGUAAAUUUUUUUGCUGUGUGAGAAAAAUGUUGUAUUGUUCUAAUGAUGAUGCAGCAUUAUAGGUGUCUGUGACUUCGGUUUUAUGGGGCAUACUAGUUAGAGAGGACACACCUGGUAAUACCGUAGUGGAAUUAUACGCCCAAUCAUUUGUCCAUAAUCAGUCAUCGUUUGGUCAGUCAAUACCAACAAGGCAUAAACUGGCCUUUUGAGGGCAAAAUAGUCACGCAUCGUUUAUUCUAUGGUAAAAAGCUGACCAAAGGCAAAAAUGAUGGUUGAUGUAUUACCUACAGAAGUUGCGGAUUUGAGUUCAUUACGGACCUAUCCCGAGUCGGAUUCAGAUGGUGAUGACUUCGUCAAUGGAAUCUCAUAUAUGUCGGAUGAUGAGAUGGAUAUAUCCAGCAUGGACAGGCUGGACUCGGGCCCUCCCGUCAUUGUGAUACCGGAGCCUGGAAUGCUGUCGGACCUGAUCAGCGAGAAACUCCAUGCCCUGGCAGAUGACUAUAGCGAGGAACCAUCGCUAGACCAAUGUGCCAAAUUCUUCCAGGAGUACAGGCAAGGCAUCAUAGCCAAUGAACGUCUUCUAUCCGAAUCCUCCGACAGUAUGGACACAGAUGAAGAAGAGUACAUCCAACGAAGGAAACUAAAAAAACGUGUACGAUGGAAAUCAAACAUUUCAGUGGAUGCUUGUGAACAACAGACCAAGAGUAAUGGCAGACAGGAGGCAGCAGAGGCCUUACUGUGCAUGGAAUCUCCAACAUCGGAGAACAAGACCUUCCUUCAGGGAAUCUCCCAGCCUCAUCAUGCAUCCUUACCCCCCAGUCCUGACAGUGGAUAUUCAGAUGAUUACUCAGAGGAGAAACUCAAAUUCAGUUCAUACUUGGGUCACACUUCACAACAGUCACCACCAAUUGUGGCCCCCCCUUCAGCUUUCAUUCCCCCGUUCUGUCAAAUGACGUUCCAGCCACCACCUCCUCCAGCUCAUCAGCCCCUCCCAGCUCAUUUUAACUCCGCCACACACAUUGCCAUGCGACCAGAACACAACCUGUACCCAUCAUCCAGUCCCUUGUUAGCAUCUCCUCGUCUCCCCUCACACAGCGAAACAUGCCACAGCCCCACAACGAACUCCCCUCCCCUCUCUCCCAUCCGACAGAAAAGCAAGAAAGGAAGAAAACCUAAAAAUCCAUUGGAAUGCCCCAUCAAUCAGCCGAAAAGGAAGAGAGAAAGUUCCACGACAUACCUCUGGGAAUUUUUGCUGCAGCUACUACAGAACAGGGAAACCUGCCCUAGGUACAUCAAAUGGACCAAUCGCGAGAAAGGAAUCUUCAAACUAGUGGAUUCAAAAGCUGUCUCCAAACUGUGGGGCCUCCACAAGAAUAAACCUGAUAUGAACUACGAAACGAUGGGCAGAGCGUUACGGUACUACUAUGCCCGAGGAAUUCUCAACAAGGUGGAUGGACAACGCCUUGUGUAUCAGUUUGCAGAGGUUCCCAAAGCUAUUCUGGAGAUUGAUUGUUCAAAUUUGUGAGAGAAAAAACAAAACAUUCCAAAAAAUGAACUGGAUUCUCCAAUGUGCUCCAUGAAAAAUGGGUUUUAAAAGUGAUAUACUCCAUGGUUUUCUGGUUUGGAACACUCUAGACUAUUGUGCAACCAGAGAUCUGAAGUUAUCCUUUCCCCCAUUUAAAGCUUGGAGUCAUGCUGUAUCUCAGGGCUUCAAUCUAAUGGGUUCCUCCCUAUGAUGCUAGUCUGAAGUGAAUUCAAGCCCACAAAUGAUGCUGUCUGGAGGAGAUGUUAUGUAAGCACAGCAGACUCUCUUUCAUUGUGACCAAGUGUACUGGCUCUGUCCAGCUUCGUGUGAAAUGGACACACCAAGACCCAUAAGGACCUCUACAGUCCUGGUAGAGCUGUUCUCUCUCUGUGUGAUACUGUGAAUUCCAAGUGUGCAGACUGUGUGUGCCAUAUUGUCCUGACCUUUUGCUGUAUUCAUCAAUCAUUGCAUGAUUGUGUACAAAAUGAAUUUUUCUGGACCAAUGUUUUCCCUGUUUACUCUAUGGUCUUGCCUCUGUCCAGUGUGUUGCUUUGUUGCAGUUCCUUAAUCACAAGCAGUGAUUGGAUGGCAAAAGUGAACACUUAAGCUUUAAUGAAUGUUUGUACAUAAUAUUGAAUGUACCGGAUAUUUUUAAUUCAUUGCGAUUUUAAUAAAGUGUACAUGUAAUGAGAUAGAAGCACCAUCACUGGACAUGACCAGGACUCUCCUAACAUUCCUAAAUCUGACCACUUUACCUUCCAAUUUUUUAACUUGUUAUGUCUUUUUGUUAUCUGUUAACUGAUGAGAUACUGGCAAGAGCAGGGCAUUCUGGGAUUUUAGCACACAUUUUACAAUGAGGAUAGAUAUUAGAUAGUGUUAUUUUAUGAAUGAAUUGUAUUUUAAUGUACAAAUCUACAUCAGGCAUUAUUGAUGUGAAGGCUUGUUAAUGUAUGUGCCUCUAAAGUGAGAUUCUUAUUUUUAUACCAUUUAUAGAUGGUUUCUGGGCCAUCUCUGUUUGUUACCGAUCAGGAGAUCUGUGUGUUUAUAGGCUUCAUUGUCUUAUAUGACAUUUCUUUGGGUUUUUUUUAAAUAUAUCAUGGUAUUUUAAAUUAGUGACCCCAUAAUUUGGUAGACAAAUUAUCAACUCGACCAUCUUAGAUAAAAUUUAUGUUCAUUAUCUUGAAUUGUUGCCGUUAUCGAUAAAAUGUGAUAAUGUAAAUUUUUAUAAUAUUGUUCAUAAAGUGCUAAAAGUGCGCAAUAUAGGCAUGUAAAGACCCAGAUAAUUAUAUAGAAUUACUGAGUUCUCUAACUGAUAUUAAGUACAGUCCUUGGGAAUCUGCUUUCAUUGUCAGAUUCUGUCCAAGUAACCAUGAUGGCAGAACAUUAAAUUGUAUGUAAGAUUUGAGUGUCACACUCUGAAAUCCAUUUCCUUUUCUGACAUAUCUAAUGUAUUUUUUCCAGUGCCUUACUAUUAACAAUCAAUGGGACUGGUCUAAGAGACCCUUAACAAUCAAUACAUGUAUCUCAUUUAAUUAAAAAAAAAGCAGAGUGCGUUCCACAGGUUUUCAAUAGCAGGUGGCUUCAAUUUUAUAUUUAUUUUUGGGCAAGACAAUUGUAUGAUUCUCUUAACAGUGUUAAAUUGGAGAAUUAAACCAAAUAGAAAAUCGUUUUUCCCAAAGUUUUGUUACAGAUUUUGAUAUAUUUUUUAACUCGAAACAAUAAAACAAUGAAAUAGUUUAACCAAAGAAUAGAUGCCAAAAAGUUGGCAGAAAUUGGGUUGGCAGCCUUAAACUGUUGCUCAAUAUGAAGACUUUUCGUCUGCUUUGAUCAGUGACCAGACGAGUCUGUUUUUGUUGUAACUGUGUGUGAUCUGUUCUUGUGUCAGUUAUCUAUUAAAUAUUCCUGUUUUACCUGAA